AUGUGGAUAAGAGCUGGCAAUGUUGGUGAAGUUUAUAUUCAACAUUUAUUAGAAUUUUUGAAAUUUUUGAGUUUACAAUUUCCAGCUAUGAACCACGAGAUGCGAGAAGUCGCUGUAGAUCCUUGCAGUGGAAAUCCAUCGUAUCUUGUCGGGUUUAGCGGAAGGCUUCGAUAUGUCAACGCCGCAGCCUAUAGCGAUUGCGGAUGGAAUAUUCGAGGCAAUUUUGGUCUUAAAAUGAUCGUUAAUUUUCACACGCUGCACACUGCAAAUCUGGGCGACUUUGUUACUGUUCACGAUAGAGAUUCGUCGGGGACUGUCAUUGCGUUGCUCGAUGGAACUUACGAAAACGAAUCCGUCGUGUCAUGCAGUAAGUCUCUUUUCGUUAGAUAUAUCAGCAGAUACCAACUGGACUUCUCGGACUUUGUUGCAUCUUUUAAGAGUAUUGAUCGCAUAACUUCUCCAGAAUAUCCUCAACCUUAUCCUGUAUCUACAAGAAGAACGUGGACUGUGUGUGCUUUAUCAUCCCAGCCAACUUAUCUUGACUUCACCGAUUUUGAUUUGGAGGAAUUGGACAGUGUAGUAGUAACGUCAAGCAAACAACUCAAUGCGACGUUGCGGGGUAGCCUGCUACCGUUCAGAUUUGUCCUUACCUCUGUUACCACUUUGCGUUUUACGUCACGUUCUCGGAGCGGAGAAGACAGCCUUCGUCGAUUCUCAGCUCGACUUCGCGUUCCAUCUUUGCCAAUUGAAAGUUGUGAAAGUCUUUAUAUUCCUUACGGUCAAGUGAACUCUACCGAUACGAGCGUAGGCACAGUGGUGACAGUCAUUUGUAACACAGGCUACAUACUCGUCGGUUCUAACCGAAGAGAAUGUUUAUCUUCUCAAACUUGGAGUGGAGACUCUGCGUGUAUAGGACUGCAGUGUUCUCCAUCGCUAUCAGUGCGUAACGCACGAUUUGUUUAUAAGAGUAAUGGCUCCGAAAGUGUAUUAAUGUUGGUCUGUGACACAGGCUACUCUGCUGACGGCACUUUGCAAGCCAUGUGCUCCAUUAGUGGACGGCGGCUGUAUGUUCAACAUCCAAGAAGUUGUAUGGCUAUUCGGUGCUCUCGGCCGAAUCUACUGAAUGGAGCGACGUUGAUGACUGAUAUCAUGCUAGGGAGUACGGUCACAUUUUCAUGCAAUAUUGGUUACAGGAUGGUGGGAGAAACUCAUGCUAUAUGCACUGCAAAUAGAACUUGGAGUCCAGCUAUUCCUAUUUGCGUCAAACAAGGUUGUGAAAGUCCGUUUAUUGCUAAUCGUGAAGUAAACUUUACUGAAACGAGCGUGAGCACAGUCGUUACACUAAAGUGCUACUCAAGGUAUUCAUCCGUGGGUUCUGACUGGAAAGAAUGUUUACCUUCCAAAACCUGGAUUGGAGAUGCACCGUGUUCUGGUAAAAUAUGA